UAAAUGAAACUUUAGUUGCUGGCACGUGAUUCAGGCAAUUAGAAGAACACAUAUUGUAAUUUUAUUUGUUUUCCCUUUAAGCUGUUAGAUUACUUUCUGUUUUAGUUAGUUAAUUUUGCUUAAUUCUUGCCUAAUUUUCUGGGCUUGUGUAACUGAUUGCUAUGAUGUAUAAAUAGCAAAUCAGUGUGUAAGAUUAAGUCAGUUUUUCAUUUUCUUCGUGAAUACAAGUUUUCCUUUCAGAGAAUAUCUCUUUCCUUCUAGAAAUUUCUUUCUUAAUAUGGUAUCAGAGCAACGAGUUAGCUCAGUGACUCGCUGAUUUCCUAACUCACUCUUUUCCUCCAUUGUUGUUCUCCUUCAAGCUUUGAUUGUUGAUCCUUUUUCUUUCAUUGUUGAUCUUUGAUUGAAGUUUUUUUUUUUUUUUUUCGAUGUUCUUGGAAUUUUCUUACGAAGUAUCUUCUUUGAUUCUUUGCUCUGAAGCUUCAAUCAUGGCUUCGACUUCAGAUCCUACCACUCUUCCGCAAACUAUUCCACAAACAGAAUCAUUCUCACAGAAUAUUUCAAGUUCUUCAAUGGCAAAUGAAUCAGCCAAUAAUCCAUAUUUUCUCCCUGUUGCAAAGAAUCCAGGGAUCAUUCUUUCUUCGCAACCUCUGAUUGGUCCAGAGAACUAUGCUGAUUGGACCAGAUUUGUGUUCUUAGCCUUGAGUGCAAGGAACAAAUUUGCUUUUGUUAAUGGGACAAUUUCCAAACCAGAGGUUACUUCACCUCUGUACAAUUCUUGGUGUAGAUGUAACACCAUGGUUCUUUCAUGGCUGGUGAAUUCCCUUUGCAAAGACCUUCAGGCAAGUGUGAGGUAUAUCAACACUGCUCGAGAACUAUGGAUUGAUCUACGAGAUCGUUUCUCUCAAGGAAGUUCACCUAGGCUCUAUGAGUUGCAAAAGGAAAUUUCGCAUCUUACACAAGGUCAACUAUCGGUGAGUUCUUAUUUCACAAAGUUCAAAACACUCUGGGAUGAAUUUGCUAGUUAUCAAUCUUAUGCUGCUUGCACCUGUGUUUGUACUUGUGGAUUCGAUAAAACUCAAGUUGAAACUCAACAGAAAGAGCAUGUUUUUCGUUUUCUUAUGGGAUUGAAUGAUAGUUUUGAUCAUCUUACUAGUCAAAUCUUGAUUGCUGAGCCUCUUCCUUCAAUCAACAAAGUUUGCUCUUUGAUUUUACAAGAAGAAAAACGAAGAAAUGUAGGUCAUGGAGUUAAUGUGAUGGCUGAACCUACGGCUUUGUAUGCUAAUAAUAGCUACAACCCUAGCUUUAAUCCCAAUUUUAGGCCUAAUCAAGGUCAAGGCUUUCAUGGAGGGAAAGGGGGAAAUUCGAAGAAGCAGAGGCCAGUUUGUACCUAUUGUGGUCUAACUGGUCAUAUAGCAGACAAAUGCUAUAAACUUCAUGGUUAUCCACCAGGGUACAAAUCAAAGGUGAACAGACCUAUGGCAAAUCAGGUUUCUGUUGGCUUUCAAUCAGAUGGUUCAAUUGUUCAAGGGCGAAAUUUCUUUCCCAAUGGCAAUGCCUAUGGUGGUCCACAAUAUGCUACUAAUGCUUCUGGUGUGCAGCUAGAUGCAAUGAGUUUCUCUCCACAGAACUUUGCUCCACAGAAUUUCUCUCCACAAAAUUUCACUCCACAAAAUUUUUCUCCACAAUUCAUGGCUCCAUCACCACAGGCCUCUCAGUGUCCUAUUUCACAGUCUCAGUGUGAACAGCUGCUAUCAUAUCUGUCUGUUCUUAAGGACAAUUCUGCUUCAGGUUCUAGAGUACCAUCUGCCCAUCAAGCUGCAACUGUGAUGGCUGCUCCUAGUGAUAAUCCUUUAUCCAGUAACUCUGCACUCAAUUUUUCAGGAAUUCCACUCAGCGCAGGACCCACCACUGACGCAGGAAGCAGCCACUCAUCCGACCCAUUGGUUGCCACCCCCACCGGGUUUCUAUAAAAUAAACUAUGAUGGAGCAACGUUCCAGGAUGUGGCAGCGGCGGGGUUGGGUGUAGUGGCACGUGAUUCAGAUAGUCGAGUUAUCGCUGCACUUUCAGAACGUAUUUCCCUCCCCCCAACCGUUGAAGCCUUGGAAGCUUUAGCUUGUAGGAAGGCAGUAGUUUUUGCCACUGAUCUGGACAUUCAGAACGCCGUGUUUGAAGGCGACUCAGAGACUAUCUACAAGCAUCUCAGCUCUGAUCAGCCAAGCAUGGCUGCCAUUGGCCAAUUAGUUGAUGAGGCACGCAAGUUAGCAGCGACUUUGAGGAGUUAUCAGUUCUCACAUGUCAAGCGCAACGGUAAUAUAGUAGCAGCUGAUAAAUUAGCGAAGUUAGCUAAGACCCUGUAUGAACCAACAAUUUGGGUUGAGGAUAUCCAUAGAGAUGUAGCUACUCUUGUAGUUUCUGACAGAAGUUUUCUGUCCUAUUAAUGAAGUUUCACGAUUGGUUUCUCAA